GUUGGAACUUAAUGUUCGUUACAUUCAGUUUUUGUGUUUUUUUAGUGUAAUAUCUCCAAGUGAUAUCACUAUUGAUCAUGGUGCUCAAGUGGGUAUGCCUGAUUGGUUUGAUAGCAAUAGCCAGAGCUGGAGUAAUCGCUCCAGCUGCGGCAAUUGUAGCCGCUCCAGCACCGAUUGUUGCAGCUAGACUAUCUGAUGCCACAUAUGACGUUAAUCCACAAUAUUCUUUCGGUUAUGACGUGCAAGACGCCCUAACUGGAGACAGUAAAGCUCAAGUUGAAAGCAGAAACGGAGAUUUUGUUCAAGGACAGUACAGUUUGACUGAACCUGAUGGUACCAGAAGGAUUGUUGACUACACCGCGGAUCCAGUGAACGGAUUCAAUGCUGUAGUGCGCAAAGCUCCUUUGGCUGUAGCUGCUCCAUUUGUACAAGCUGCACCCUUAGUAGCUAGAGCUGUUGCUGCGCCAUUGAUUGCUGGAUAGAUUUAAUAUGAGGAAUUUGACUGAUUUUGUAUAUUAUGGACCUUUUUUUUAUUAUAAAAUUUGACUUUGUGA